GGAACUUCCAGAUCAAAGCUGGAAUGGCUACCCACUACAGGCUAAGCUGGCUGUGAGAUUGGUCACAGGCUUUGCUCACCAGAGUGCUUGGUGGGGUUGGCUCUGUAGCCCAGAGGAAUGGCACCCAGACGGUUGGAAGAUGCUCAUAGCGGCAAUGUGCUUAGCCCUUCUGGGCUGCCUGCAUGCCCAGGAAUUCAAGGGACAUGUUUCCAUAAUCCUGCUGGGAGCAACCGGGGACCUAGCUAAGAAGUACCUGUGGCAGGGACUGUUUCAGCUCUACCUGGAUGAGGCUGGGAAGGGCCACAGUUUCAGCUUCCAUGGGGCUGCCCUGACAGCCCCCGAGCAGGGCCAGAAGCUCAUAGACAAGGCCUUGGAAUCCCUCUCCUGCCCCAAGGACUUGGCACCCAGUCGCUGUGAUGAACUCAAGGGUCAGUUUCUACAGCUGAGCCAAUACCGCCAACUGAAGACAGCCGAGGACUAUCAGACCCUGAACAAGGACAUUGAGACCCAGGUCCGGCAGGAUGGGCUCUGGGAAGCUGGCAGGAUCUUCUACUUCUCUGUGCCACCCUUUGCCUAUGCAGACAUUGCCCGCAACAUCAACAGCAGCUGCCGACCACGCCCAGGUGCCUGGCUGCGGGUUGUUCUUGAAAAACCCUUUGGCCAUGACCACCUCUCAGCCCAGCAGCUGGCUUCAGAACUUGGAAGCUUUUUCCAGGAAGAGGAGAUGUAUCGGGUAGACCAUUACCUGGGCAAGCAGGCCGUGGCUCAGAUCCUGCCCUUCCGAGAUCAGAACCGUAAGGCCUUGGAUGGCCUCUGGAACAGGCACCACGUGGAGCGCGUGGAGAUCAUCAUGAAGGAGACCGUGGAUGCAAAAGGCCGAGCCAGUUUCUAUGAGGAGUACGGCGUCAUCCGUGACACACUGCAGAACCACCUGACGGAGAUCCUCACGCUGGUGGCCAUGGAGCUGCCCCAGAACAUCAGCAGCUCGGCCGCCGUGCUGCAGCAUAAGCUCCAGACCUUCCAGGCCCUGCGGGGGCUGCAGAAGACCAGUGCCAUCCUGGGCCAGUACCAGGCCUAUAGUGGGCAGGUGCGUCAAGAGCUGCAGAAGCCAGACGGUUUCCAGAGCCUGACACCAACCUUUGCAGGUGUCCUUGUCCACAUCGACAACCUGCGCUGGGAGGGCGUCCCUUUCCUCUUGAUGUCUGGCAAGGCCUUGGACGAAAGAGUGGGCUACGUUCGGAUCUUGUUUAAGAACCGGGCGUACUGCACCCAGAGCGAGAGACACUGGGCGUCCGCGCAGAGCCGGUGCCUGCCCCAGCAGAUUAUCUUCUACAUUGGACAUGGCGAGCUGGGCCACCCCACCAUCCUGGUCAGCCAGAACCUGUUCAAGCCCUACGUCCCCACUCAGAGCUGGACGGAGGUGCAGGGCCAGCCUGGGCUCCGCCUUUUUGGUCGUCCUCUGUCUGAUUACUUUGCCUAUAAACCUGUGCGGGAGCAAGAUGCCUACUCCACCCUCUUGUCUCACAUCUUCCACUGCCAAAAGGAGUCCUUCAUCACCACAGAGAAUCUGUUGGCCUCCUGGGUCUUCUGGACCCCCUUACUGGACAGUCUGGCCCUCGAAGUUCCACGCCUUUACCCCGGGGGAGCGGAGAAUGGCCAUCUGCUGGAUUUUGAGUUCAGUGGUGGUCAGCUGUCCUUCUCCCAGCAGCAGCUAGAGGUGUUGAUGCCAGAGCUGGGGUCAGUCCCAAAGCCCAGUGACUUCCAGGUCCUCAGGGCCCAGUACAGAGAGAGCCCACUGAUCACUGCCUGGCCGGAGGAGCUGAUCUCUAAGCUAGCCGGUGACAUUGAAGCCACCGCAGUGCAGUCCGUACGACGCUUUGGCAAGUUCCACCUGGCACUGUCAGGGGGUUCCAGCCCCAUAGCCCUCUUCCAGCAGCUGGCCACAGGGCAUUACAGCUUCCCCUGGGCCCACACACACCUUUGGCUGGUUGAUGAGCGCUGCGUCCCUCUCUCAGAUCCAGAGUCCAACUUCCAGAGCCUGCAGGCUCACCUGCUGCAGCACGUUAGGGUGCCCUACUACAACAUUCACCCCAUGCCGGUGCACCUGCACCAGCGGCUUUGUGCUGAAGAGGACCAGGGGGCCCAGACCUAUGCCAGCGACAUCUCAGCCCUGGUGGCCAACAGCAGCUUUGACCUGGUGCUGCUGGGCAUGGGCACUGAUGGGCACACAGCCUCCCUGUUCCCACAGUCACCCACGGGCCUGGAUGGAGAUCAGCUGGUGGUGCUGACGGAGAGCCCUUUCAGGCCAUACCAGCGCAUGAGCCUCAGCCUGCCCCUCAUCAACCGUGCCAAGAAGGUAGCUGUCCUGGUCAUGGGGAGGACAAAGCGUGAGAUCACCAUGCUGGUGAGCCGGGUGGGCCAUGAGCCCAAGAAGUGGCCCAUCUCCGGCGUGCUGCCUCUUUCCGGACAGCUGGUUUGGUACAUGGAUUACGAGGCCUUUCUGGGAUGACAGGCGCACCCUGGUCUCAGUCUCUAUCGAACUUUCUGUCACCCGCUCAGUGUGCCCCAGCUGUCCCGAGCCUGGUACCAGAGUCAGGCCCCAGAGAAGGGAGGAUGAAAUUCUGCCCUGCUUCCUGGGCCCACUGGUUCUGUGUAAUUAUGGUGCCUGGACACAAAAACAAGGCAGAACUCGGACCUCUGCUUUGGAGAUGCCUCGAAACCCAGACAGGAGGGAAACUCUGAGGUCUCCCUCAGUUACUCGUCAGUGUCUACUACGCAGAGUAAGACAGGGAGAGGCUGCACGUUGAAGAAGCAGUGUGGUGUGCGCAGACUGGCCGGUGGACCUGGGACCGGUUUCUGUAGGAAGAGGGGCCCGAGUUGGUGGAGAGAAGGAUGCAGACUCCUGGUGAGUGGGCCAGGCAGGAAGAGUAGACACAGUCCUGGGAUUGCACUGGGCAGCCUGCCUCCUCUGGAAUCCCGUCAUCCCUCUGUGCAUCUAGCUGACGUCUGGUCCUUCCUCAGGCAGCUUCUACCUCCUCAGUGCCUGACAGCCCUGUCCUCUGCAUUCCCAUUGCCCUCAGCCUCUCCCUAUAUACAAAGGAGAGACAGAUACAGACACUGCCAUGUCACACA